AUGUUGCAUCAGAAUGAGGGCUCCAGCACUCUGGAGCUCGUGGCCAACGACAUGACCGACAUCAUGGAGCGUCUGGACACACGCGACCUGGACAUGGGGGACGGCGACUACGACAGCACGGACACAGCGGAACACCUGCCGUUCUCUGCGGUCUAUCACACCGUGGGCUUCAAAGAGCCAGAGGCCAAAGUGUUCCUGACUCCACCCAUCACCGCCAAGAUCCUGGACGUGGAGCGCUUCACUUCGGCUCAGGACCGCUUCAACCUGACCACACAGAGGAGCGUCAGCAAGUCGAUGCCGGCGGUGUACAAGAUCGAGCUGAAACACGGAGAGUUCACGUGGACCAUCAAGAAGAAGGAGAAGCACUUUGUGGACCUGCACCGUGACCUCAGGACCUACAAGACCUUCAUGAGGAUCCCGCUGCCCAAACGCAGUCACACAAUGAUAAACCGCGCGACUCGGAGCGAAGUGAGACAGAUGCCCGAGCUACCGCGAGGAGAGACCCUGGAGAGAGAGGGACAGGUCUCCAGUCGAAGGAAACAACUGGAAGAUUACUUGAACAAGUUGCUGAAGAUGCCCAUGUACAGAAACUACCAUGGGACGAUGGAGUUCAUUGAAGUGAGCCAGCUUUCAUUCAUCCACGACCUCGGACCCAAAGGCCUUGAAGGGAUGGUGCUGAAGAGGUCUGGAGGACACCGCAUCCCAGGACUGAACUGCUGUGGGAGGAGCGAGAUCUGCUACCACUGGUCCAAACGGUGGCUGGUGGUGAAAGACUCGUUCCUUCUCUACAUGAAGCCGGACACCGGGGCCAUCUCUUUUGUGAUGCUCUUCGACAAAGAGUUCAACAUCAAAAUGGAUUCUAAAGACACAGAGACGAGACACGGCGUCCGCAUCGACAGCCUCUCCAGGAGCUUGGUUCUGAAGUGCAGUAGUUACCGCCACGCUCGCUGGUGGGGACAGUCCAUCGAAGGCUUCGCAAAAAAACUGGGCUCUGCUUUUCUCACUGAUCACCGGUUCGGCUCGUUCGCCCGACAAGAGGAGAACAUCCCCGCCAAAUGGUACGUGAACGGUAAAUCCUACAUGGAGGACGUGGCAGAUGCGAUGGAAGAGGCCAAAGAGGAGAUCUUCAUCACAGACUGGUGGUUGAGUCCAGAGAUUUUCCUGAAGCGACCGGUCGUCGAGGGCAACCGCUGGCGCCUGGACUGUAUCCUCAACCGGAAAGCUCAACAAGGCGUGAAGGUUUUUGUCAUGUUGUACAAAGAGGUGGAGCUGGCUCUGGGCAUGAACUCAGAGUACACCAAGAGGACGCUGGUGCGACUGCAUCCAAACAUCAAGGUCAUUCGGCACCCGGACCAUGUGUCCUCGGCUGUGUACCUGUGGGCUCACCAUGAGAAGAUCAUCGUCAUCGACCAGUCCGUGGCGUUUGUGGGAGGCAUCGAUUUGGCCUACGGUCGAUGGGACGAUCCCGAACACAGACUCACAGAUGUGGGAAGUGUCACCCUCUCACACAUCGACCAGGCUGCGGCAGCGAGUGCUCUUUCGUCUGCAGGGGGCGCUGCGGCUCACACGAACGGUAAAGGGGUCGUCACGGUGGACUCGGGGGAUCAGCCCAAACUGAAGGGACAGGGGCGACUGAAGAGGACCAGACUCAGCAUCAAGAGACAUCUGCAGAAACACGGCUUCACGCACAGAGACAGCGACAGCGACGAGGACACGGAGCCGGAGCGGAACAACUCGGUGCGGAGCCUUCAGACCGGCGUGGGAGAGCUGUUUGGAAACACCAGAUUCUGGCACGGCAAAGAUUACUGCAACUUUGUCUACAAGGACUGGAUCCGACUGGACAAGCCUUUUGAUGACUUCAUCGACAGACACACCACUCCCAGAAUGCCUUGGCACGACAUCGCGUCUGUGGUUCACGGGAAAGCGGCUCGAGACGUAGCCCGCCAUUUCAUCCAGCGCUGGAACUUCACCAAGAUGGUGAAGCCAAAGUAUCGUUCUUCGUCGUAUCCGUGCCUUCUCCCGAAAUCUCACACGACGGCAGGAGAGCAGCGCUACCUGGUCCCUAACUCUGUCACCGCAAAAGUUCAGAUCCUGCGGUCUGCGGCGGACUGGUCGGCCGGCAUCAAAUAUCACGAAGAAUCCAUCCACAAUGCGUACGUGGAAACCAUCAAGAACAGCCAGCACUUCAUCUACAUCGAGAACCAGUUCUUCAUCAGCUGCGCCGACAACAGACAUGUGUUCAACAAAAUCGGGGACGCAAUCGCACAGCGCAUCCUCCGAGCGUUCAGGGAACAGAAGAAAUACCGCGUUUACGUGGUGACUCCUCUACUUCCUGGAUUCGAAGGUGACAUCAGCACAGGAGGAGGAAGUGCCAUCCAGGCCAUCAUGCACUUCAACUACAGGACCAUGAACAGAGGGGAGCACUCCAUCAUCUCGCAGCUGAAGAAAGACAUGGGCGACCGGUGGAUGAACUACAUCUCGAUCGCGGGGCUCAGGACUCACGCAGUCCUGGAGGGCCGCCUGGUGACGGAGCUGAUCUACGUCCACAGCAAGAUGCUCAUCGCCGACGACAACACGGUCAUCAUCGGCUCGGCCAACAUCAACGACAGGAGCAUGCUGGGAAAGCGGGACAGCGAGGUGGCGGUGAUUGUGGAGGACUCGGAGACCACAGCCUCAGUGAUGGACGGGGCUCCGUAUGAAGCCGGGCAGUACGCUCUGGCCCUCAGGCUGCACUGCUUCAGCAUGAUCCUCGGAGCAGGCGCAGAUCCGUCCAUCGAUGUUUCAGACCCGAUCAGCGACACGUUCUAUAAGGAGGUCUGGAUGGCCACCUGCGCCCGCAACGCCUCCAUCUACCAGAAGGUGUUCCGCUGCCUCCCGUCCAGUGACGUCCGGAGCAUCACGGAGCUGGAGGGCUUCCUGUCCAAACCGGGUCUGGACCGCGAGGACCCAGAGCGCGCCCGCGAGGAGCUCAAGAAGAUCCGAGGAUUCGCCGUUCAGUUCCCCCUGCAGUUUUUGGCAGAACAGAACCUGCUGCCGCCCAUCGGGUCCAAAGAGGCCAUGAUGCCGAUGGAAGUCUGGACCUGA